CCAACCCAUCGAACCAAGCCAACCUUUUGCUCAACUUGUUGAACCAAGCUCCGCAUCUCAACCAAACCAUUUUCAUCCUACAAGGUUAAAUGUUAAUUUGUUAAACGAAGAAAAUAAAAUGCUUAGAGAGGAAAAUGAAUUAUUAAAAGCUCAGCUUGCGUUAGUAACAGAAGAGCUUGAUGUCUAUAAAAAUCCUGGAACAACUACUUUGC